AUGACUCAACCAAUUCCCACAUCGUACGCACCGGUUGCAGAAGGGAAUCCCAAAGCUCCCGCGAUCCAGCUACCCGAUGGCACCGUCCAGACGUCGGCGCUUCUAGUCCCGAAUAAUCAAUCUGCUCACUAUCGCAGCGGCCAUGUAAACUUGGACACUUUCUCGCCUGUCAAUGAAAAUGGGAGCUUCGAAUUCGAUCGGGUCCUGAAGACUGGAAAGGUGUUUCGUCGCGUGAAGCACAAACAUGCAUUCAGGGCCUCCUGGAAACCCGCAUAUCUCGUUCUACGUCCCAACCUUCUGUCGGUAUACAAGGAUGAGGAGGCCACGAGGCUCCGAGCCUCUAUCACGUUGUCCGAGGUCACGGCCGUUGCGUCGGUCAGGUCCCCCCGAUCCAACCGACAGCACGUUUUUGGCGUUUUCUCGCCGUCGAAGAAUUAUCGCUUCCAGGCAUCUUCGGAGAAAGAAGCCGAAGCUUGGAUUAGACACAUCCGAUCAGAAACCCGCAUGGACGAAGACGAAGAGGCCUUCCUCGCCUUAUCAAAGAAUAGCGACACCGCCGGAAACAACAAGCGCCGCAUCUAUGACACCACCGACCACUCCGAUUUUGAUCAGCGCGGAAGACCAAGUUCUCCGGAAGUCGGAGAUUCAUUGUCACCCACUUACCAUUCGAGGCGUUUCGCCUCGCCCCAUGAUCACUCGGGGAAUGAUAUCACGUCAUACUCAGAAUGGUCCGACGGCCCUGGGAGCAACAACGGCGUUCGCAUGACAUCGCCUUCCAUUCAAAACCAGCCUGCAUCAGUUCAUAGCGACGGCCCUUCCUCGAUUCCGCGCAAUGAGUCCGCAGUCCUACGUGACCCGGAGAGAGUUGUAUGCAAUGGGUAUCUUCAAUGCCUCAAAAUCAAGGGAUCUAUGCGCCAAUGGAAGCGACUGUGGGUUGUGCUGCGCCCGAAAAGCCUUGGUUUCUACAAAGAUGAACAGGAAUACUCUGCCGUCAAAGUCAUACCCAUGGCACAGGUGAUCGACGCUGCUGAAGUCGACCCUAUGUCACGUUCGAAACACUUCUGUCUUCAAAUCAUUGCGGAAGAAAAGUCGUAUCGACUAUGCGCGCCGGACGAAGAAUCUCUUGCAAAGUGGUUAGGAGCUUUGAAGAGCAUUCUGGUCGCCCGCAAGAAACUGGAGCCUGCGCCCGGAGCAGCAGGCCUCCGUUAA